AUGAAGCUUUAUCCGUCCAUCACCGAGGAGCUCGCCGAGUGGGUGCAGCGGCAACCCGUCUUCUUCACCGGCUCGGCGCCAACCCUUGGCUCUCACAUCAAUGUCUCGCCCAAGGGCCUGGCCGACUCUCACUUUGCCAUCUUGGGACCGAACCAGUGUGCAUACAUCGAUCGUACCGGCUCCGGGUGCGAGACGAUUGCUCACUCAUAUGACAAUGGUCGGCUCUGCUUGAUGUUUAUGAGUUUCGGCGCGGCCCCUCGGAUUCUGAGAUUCUUUUGCAGGUCCAGAGUUGUCGAAUGGGAUGAGCCGGCAUUUACCGAUCUCGUCCGCCGCAUCUCCCAAGGGAAGCGGUCAGCAUUCGACGGCGCCAGGGCCGUAAUUGUGGCGGACGUGUUUGAAGUUCAGACGAGCUGCGGCUUUGGUGUGCCCCGUGUCAAGAGGGCCAUCUACGAUCGCGACUCGGCAUCUGAGCAACCUGUAGAGCAGGUGCUUCCAGAGGGUGUCGACGGCAAAGUGGACGAACUGGCCGUGUUUGAAGAGCGGCCCACUAUGGAUGCUUGGCUCAAGAAGAGAGUCGACAGCAAUACGCUUCAAGAGUACCACAACGAGACCAACGUGCUGAGCAUGGAUGGUCUUCCUGGACUCAAGGCUGCUCGUCGAGGCGUGGGAGAGAGGUUGUGGUGGACAGACGCGAAGGCGCACGCGAAGAGGGUUCUCGCCCAGGGUGAAGCGAUUGCGGUUGGGUUCAUUGUUGCUGUGUUGUUGUACGUUGUCAUGAAUGGUGUGUGA